AUGGGCCUGGAUGUCCAACUGGGGAAUAACCAGACCGUACGCAGUGAAGGCGACAAAGUCCAGACCUCUGAAGAUCCGGGUCGUUCUGCAGUGCCAAUCGCUCAGAAUUUGCCGAGUGGUGGAGCAUGUGGAUCUGCCCAAGAUUGUGGCCAGGAGUUGCAUACCGAGAUACUUAGCAACGUGUCCCUGCCUGGAACAGAGGCUGGCAGUCGAUGGGAUGUCCAUAUUUCCGAUGGAUAUAUACACAAGAUCGACCGUCACGAGGACCAGCCGUCGAGACUGGACUCAAUCGACCGGCAUGGCGCGUUGCUUGCUCCGUCGCUAUGCCAUCCGCACAUACACAUCGACAAGGCAUACCUGCUGGCACACCCCAAGUAUGCACAUUUGCAGAUAGACAAGGGCGAUUUCCAAGAGGCCAUGGAGCUUACUGGAAAAGCCAAGGCACAAUUUGGACACGACGAUCUGCUAGAACGAGGACAAAGGCUUGUUGAUGAGAGCGUCGCUGCUGGAGUCACUCACAUGCGUGCGUUUGUCGAGGUUGAUGCUGGAGUGCAGUCGAAGUGUCUGGAAGCCGGUCUUCAGCUGCAGAGCCGGGCUGCUGCAGUUGAAAGCUGCGAGAUCCAGUUGUGUGCAUUUGCUCAAUUGCCGCUUUUCUCGUCCUCCGAGGGCGAUGAAGAUGGCACCGCCAUUCGUGGGCUCAUGCAGACUGCAGCUUCAACGAGCGGAGUGGCUGCUAUUGGGAGCACGCCGUAUGUUGAGUCUGACCGAGAAAAGAUGAAGCGUAAUGUGGACUGGAUGAUAGCGCUCAGCAUCGAGCAUAAUCUUCACCUCGAUUUCCAUUUGGAUUACAACUUGGAUCCCGCUACUGAACCACUGGUAUGGUAUGUGAUACAAUCACUUGUGGAAGCGCGCUGGACGGAUCGCACGAGCAAGCGCACAAUCGUGCUGGGCCAUUGCAGCCGACUCACCUUGUUCAGUUCCGAGAUGUGGGCCAAGCUGGCAGCAGAGAUCAAGACUGCGCUGUUGCCGUUGUCUUUCGUGGGGUUGCCAACGAGCGAUCUGUUUAUGAUGCGCACAGGAGAGCGACCUGAAGUCCGUGGCACGCUUAGCGUGCCAGACCUCAUCAAGGAGCAGAGUCUCAAUGCUUGUAUUGGUGUCAACAAUAUCGGCAACGCCUUUACGCCUCAUGGCUCUUGCGAUCCGUUGAGCUUAGCUUGUCAGGGAGUGGCCUUGUACCAAGCAGGAACGAAACAAGAUACCGAGAUUCUGUAUGAGUGUGUCAGUACCAGAGCCAGAGCAGCGAUUGGAUUUGGAACACAAGAGAAUGUUGGCCUCGCUGUAACCCCUGGGGCACGGGCAGAUCUGGUGUUGUUCAGCGCAGAAAGAAACAAUUGGCAUGCGAGGAGGAGCAUAUCUGAGGCAGUGUAUCUAUAUGAUCAUUGUCAGCAUCGGAGAGUGUUCACGCGCGGUAGGCUGAUCGAGCCGCAUUAACUCGGAUUGGAAGACUCGAGACCAAAGUGAAUGACAGCACGGCAGCCUCCCGCUACCGGCAUAAAAGUUUCCCGCCAAGGAGAAUAACAAGAACACACGGUUGUCAUCGAACGCGUCCAAAUCCCCCACCAACUCCUCGACAACGACUUUUUCUCCGCACACACAAAUUCGCACUUCGAAUAAGAAUCUUUUUUUGAUCCCGACCAUCCAAAAGAAGAAGAGACAGACACAAUGUCCUUCACCAUCGAGUACGACGAAAACGGCGUGCCGGUCGGCGGCCAGCUCCCACCCACCUACCCACUCCCAUCAUACGUGCCACCGCGAAGCUCGUCAGAUCAGCACACGUACCCUUUCGUCUCGAGCGGCAGCGGCAGCUUCGCACCAUUCGACAUCCC